AUGUUUUCUAACGCAAAUUUUUCCGAACAUACUUGCUCUUCAUCUGAACUUAUUGUGAACAGAAUCGCCGAGGCUCAGCCAAAUGUUUUGGAUCCCGUAACCUUCUCGCUUAUGUCAAGGUUGUUUCCCGGGUUGCCAUCUACCCAUAGCUCAGACAUUACUUAUCGCCGUGAGUUGCGGAUUCUCGACACCAACACCACCACACAUGAGAACACCUAUAUUUCAACCAUUCAAGAACCCAGUAGUCUCUCUACUAAACUACCACACUUGAUACCACAGACAAACUAUUUUGGCUUAAUCCCUCCGAUGGUUUUUAAUCCGAACAGAUGCACUCUCAGUUUGACCCCAACUACCGUCCAGGAGUUGGGCAUUAAGGGAUCUGUACAUACUGAGCCAUCGAACGUAAUGAGAAGCCAGCUAAACUUUUGCACUGAGGAAAAUACAACUUGUACCACCGAAACAACCGACGAUCAAAAGUUGAAGGCGCAACACCUGCUAUCAAUACAUAAUGAAGAUACUGUGACAUCCGGUCGACUCAGUGACUUUCCAGCUGCUGUAAACGAGUACAAAUCGGGAAGUUCCAUGGAUCAGAUAGCCAAUCUGUUGCAAGUGGCCAAUUUUAAUUCCACUCCUUUUGAUUCCCUGACUUGCGAAAGCCCGGCCAGAAAUCGGUCAGCCUAUCUGUCAGCAGAAAGUGCUUCGGGUGUAACGAAAAUUCCGAUAAAGUCAGAGGAUGACUUUUGCGAACUGUGUCAGAAGCACUUUUGUAAUAAAUAUUAUCUACGCAAACAUAAGACCGAUGUACAUGGUAUUCAAACUGGGUCUUAUUCAGGUUCUCGUCGGCGUGACACAACGUUUAACUUGCAGCAGAAUCUAACAGCUGUAGAUGAAAAAAGUGCACUACAAAUGGACCAGAGUAAUUUACAGAAAUCGGAUACGAAUGGGGAUAGCAAUGGAGAACAAAAAGGCGCGAUUGAAUCAGUCACCACAAACCAGUUGCCGUUCUCUCGAUCCUCUGAGAAAGCACUGGACACCGUACUGGAUGGCAUGGGCAUGAGAUGGAAGGAUAUUUUUCAACCUUCUAACACUCAUUCAAAAGGAUGUAGAACAGAGACACACUUUAGCUUACCUGUUCCACAGCCUCUUACAUCUGCUCCUGUAGCCACUAGUAAAUAUUCAGAACCUAAUUAUCCCAAUGGCUUGGACCCCGUAUUAUCAGCGCAUUGCUAUUUGAUGGCGUUAGCUCAGUCUGUGCCAGUUAUGAUUGCGGGCACCGAUCAUCCCACAAGGUCGAUUGCGUUGGGAACAUCAAAAGACCAAGGUAUGAAGUUGGAGCUACCGGCUCUGCCUGUGAUGGGCUUAGAUGUCAAUUCGACAAUUAGCGAGGCCAAAUGCGAUCAAUGUCACAAGGUGUUCUGCAGUCCAUAUUUCCUUCACAUUCACAGGAUGAGUCAGCAUCAGGCGGAGUUGAAUGAAAACUGCAUUUCUCACUGUUCCACAGAACAGGGGUCGAACACUUCAAAAGAAAAUUCAGGUAACGUUAAUCAUUCCGCCAGCGUACUAGACUCUUUGGAAAAUUCCAAGGGUUCAUUACAAGACCAAAGCACAUUGCAGUUAGGCUCUAGUCACCGUAAAAGUCGAGUCGGACCGGUUGUGGACAAAGGCGGAAAAAUAGCUAUGGCCCCCUUGGAUGCAUUUAAGAACAGUAUGGUUGCGGCGAAAAUGGCCGACCGAGUCACUUGUGAAUUGUGCAAGAAAGACUUAUGCAAUAAGUAUUUUCUACGGACCCACAAAAUUAGAGUCCAUGGUGUUUCCCCGACAGAUGUCGGUGGGCCUCCAAUGCGGAAUCCACCAACUGUUGCUUCAGGAAUAAAAAGUUGCACUUCGUUUGGCCCAUCAAGCGUGAUCGCAGCUUGCAGUGAAGCGGAAUCAGGUGUCCCGAGAGAGCAUAGGUUUAAUUCCACUUUCGACACGUUAAUGGACAUACCUACGCUGUGCUCGUUGGCACCAGUGGGUCAACUGCUUCCUUAUCCAUCGGUGUUAGCUGGGAUGCAAAACUUACCAGGUGAUGAACUUCAUGAUACAACAAGAGUUCCCACGCAGUCUUCCUUAUUUCCGAAUUCUUCACUUAGCAUGGUUCCCAAUCAUAAUGACCAAAAAACGUGGUUACCGUUGUUCGGGAACUCGGGUCUAGGUUUGCCUGGUUCCGAUAUCAAUGAAAUAUUCUCGGUUAUUGUGAACAUAUCUUGUCCUAUAUGUGAGCAAGUAAUCGGCCCUCGUCUCUUCCUACCGUCACAUUUGAGUGAUAUACAUGGUUUGAAUCCGUUGAAUCCGGCUUUCUUCCUCAACAUGCUCAGAGCAAAAGUUGUUCCGUCGUGUGGAUUGGAACACAAUCAGGCAGAAAUUAAAACCCGGGUUCCAACCUGCGACGCCAAAGUGAGUUCACGACCAGGAUCACCAACCAUUUUCGAAGAAACGUUAUCCAAUGAAGACAUGUCCAUUAUAACACAAGAAGAGGAAGGACAGACACUUGACGGCACAUCAGGCAAUUCGAUGAUUGACACUAGAAGUGCUCCAUUCUCCCACCCACAUAACACAGCGGACAUGCACGCGGCAGCACGAGUGUGCCAUGGAGCGUCGUUGGGGUCUGUUUGUAACACUCCGUCAAAGGAAACCGGGGUGACGGCUGAAGCAAUAUCCAACUCUACUACGAUGGCAGAUGCUGAGGAAAACAGGACCAGAGAAACGGUCACAACUCUCGGUCAAUCUUGGAUUCCAAUCGGGGACCCUCUCGGUGCAAAUUUAUCACACUGCAACACUACUCUUUCAAACACAGCUGCAUACAGCCCGGUCUAUGCGCGCAACUCCUUCGCAUUGACCGCCGGUACAUUCCCCCCAAUGCUAUUCCCUCCGAUGGAAACAACAACAGUUGCUGCUCUGAGUGGAAGCCAGUGGACCGCCGCGCAACAGCUCAACGGUGGUGGGUGUACCCUGGGGUUGUCUACGCCUUCCAGUGUGCUACCCAGUUCACAGCCUUCUUCACAAAUAAUGCUACCCAACACGGGAUUGCCAAGAAAGUCACCUAACCAAAUGCGUGUACUGUGUGACAUAUGCAACAAAUGGAUUUGUAACAAAUAUUUCCUUCGUACACACAAAGCCAACAAGCAUGGAAUUACUGAUGUGACACAUAUAACUACGGAUACAGGUAGAGAUGGUGUACCAAAAUCAGGUGCAGUUCUCAGAGGAGCUCAGAAUGUGUCUUACUGUCGCAGGUUGGCUACUGUUUCAGAAUCAUCAGAGACAGCACAAAGGAGUAAGGCGAACUUUGGGUCUGCUCAAAACCCUAUAGAGUCGUUGCUACCGAAUGGUUACGCAUGUAACUACGGAAACACUUCAGAGCUUGAUGGCAUUCAAGGGAAAUCACAAAUUACCGCAAAGUCGGUGUUCGAACAGCUUAAUCAAGCUUGGAGAUGGAACUAUGGACAGAACCCAGUUAUUUUGACAACACCCUACCCACUGCUCGACCCCCAACUGCCGACAUCCUUACUUCCCAGUCUCGACCCAUCGUUACCAAUGGUUGGUCCAGUACCACCCCAGCUGUUGAGCGCUUUCCCAUCUACGGCUUUCCCUCAGUCAUCACUUUUAACCUCGCUUCCUGAAUUUGUCGAUACGCACUCAGAGGAUAAAGCCAAGACAACCAAAGGGGCAUCGAAAACUAACCAACAGUCAGAGCACAGAUCAGAUAAGAACAACGCGGCCUCAAUUCCCAUGGUUCAACACCCAGUGCUAGGUGCGCCAGGUACUUGUGACUGUAAGUUGCCGUUGAACUUAUCGCUAAAGAGUUCCACAAAGUCAAGCGCAACUUGGAACUGCAAUAAUUUAAAGUUAUCCCGAGUCUGGCGUCGCUAUCGCGUCCAACGAGGGAUGCAGUUUGCUCUACGGUACGCUACUGAACGUGCUCUGAAACGCGCUCGCCGUACGCGUAGGCUCCAGAAAACCCCUACUCUGAAUUCAAAUCCAUUCAGACACAAACACGACGGAAGAGAAACUGGUAAGUCCAUUGCCUUGAAUUUGCAAGUGAGCAACGGUUCUCGCGUCGCACCAUCAAAAGUAAAGUGUGCUUACAAUAUGGCAAGAAAAAAACUGAACAUGCGGCACUCUCAGCCUUCUCAGUCUAUGCAGCCUCAGCAUUCAGAAGCAUCCACAGAGCAGUCAGUCGUCGUCCACACGGAAACCAAUCACUCCCAACAUAGUAUGUUUGCAGGAAACGCGAGUAAAACCUUCGCCUGUCCUUUAUGCUCAACGGUACCCACAUGCGACUUCGGAACGUUGAACCUAUUGCUCCAACAUCUUUCCUUAGUGCAUGGUGGUUGUGCAUCCUCUUUUUCCGACCACAUCGAAGGGUUGCAAGAAACAACGAUGGAACAAUGCAAUUUCAUUGGGACAAUACAAACACAAACCCCAUCAUUCCAAGUAAGCCAGCUGGCCAAUAGUCCCUUACAGGAUGGCAUAGUGACCAGAAAUGCUCUGACUCCGACUGUUACAGCAAGUGACAAUCGAGUCAGUAGCACAGUGGCCAAUGUAACGAGCUCAAGUUUUGCCACAUCAGUAAUCAUUUCAGAAUCCGGCGACUACCGCCUUCGUGAUAUCCCAGUUCCUGAGUUACUUCAUCAUACAAUGUUCGUUCCCACCAAAUCCUACACCGAAACAUUAUCUAGUAUGUGAGAAAUUCCCCACGUACAACGUUAUGUGCAAAAGGAAACUGCUGUCCAUUAUUCUCAUGUUGAGCAGAUUGUGUUCGGGGACAUCUGGCUGAAACAAUGGAUUUAAUAGCAUGUGCUUGUGACACUCCGUUGUCACACAUGCACGCAUGUACAUACAAUGUUUCAGACGCUGCAGGUUCAAUCACUAUGUGAAAAACUGAUGAGAGUUCAUUUAACCUUUACCAUACUUGCCUUUUCUGGAGUCAUUUUAGUUACCAGGACUGUACGAUAAUCU